AUGCGAUUUCUUGUCACCGCAGCUCUGCUGGCCACCGCCGGUGCCGGCUCUCUGGCUUCGCGAAUCUGGGUCCGCACCGUCUACGAGUUCCCCGGCAGCUGGAUCGAAAACAUCGCCGUGCGCGACAACGGCAACCUCCUCCUCACCUUCCUGCUCCCCGAACCCGACCUAGUCGAACUGUGCAACCCAGCAUCCCACUCACCGACGCCCCGCCUAAUCCACCGCUUCGACCCCUUCCCGGGCCUGACCGGCAUAACCGAAACCUCCCCCGACGUCUUCGCCGUCAUCGCCGGCAACGCGCCCGACAUCGACAACCCGAGGUACUCCCUCUGGGAAGCCGACCUGACCUGCGACGAUGAGCCCAAAAUCACGCCGCUGAUCAAGCAUUUCCGCGAGGGCUGCCUCCUCAACGGCAUGACGACGCUGUCGCCCGCGUCCCGCCACUCCGACUGCAACGACGCCGUCGUCCUCAUCUCCGACAGCGCGGGCGGCGUCGUGCUCCACGUCGACCUCAAGUCAAAAAAGGUGUCGACCUUCCUCUACGACCCGCACAUCACCAUGGCGCCGCCGCCGGCCAACGCUUCUGCCGUGCCGUUCGGCGUCAACGGCCUGCGGUACCGGCCGCAGGACGGCUACCUGUACUUCACCAGCACCGACCGUCGGCUGCUGGCCCGCGUGCGGGCGGAUCCGGAUGAUAAGACUGCUUCCGGCCCCAUCGACGUGCUUAAUGCGGGUGGCGUGGCGGCCGACGACUUUGCGGUGCGGGAGGAGGGUGACUGCGGGAUUGUUGCGUACGAGACGAGCGGGGUGGAUGGGCUGGUGGUGAGGGUGGUGGUGAGGGAUGGCGAGACGGAGGUGCUGUUGGAGGGCGAGCUGCCGACGUCUGCGCAGUUUGGGAGGACGGAGCGGGACAGGGAUACGCUGUACGUGGUGACGAGGGACGCGAAGGUGUUUGCUAUUGGGGGGUUUUGA